AUGGCUUGGCUCUCCGCCAGGAAAAAUGCCACGGUCGUGCGUGCUCCCAAACCUGCACAGCAGAUGGAAGAUUGCCGCACCGAGGACCUUUGGCUGGAGCUGCGGAGAGCCUUCAGCGAGAUACAGGAGAAGCGAAGCACCAGCCUGCGCUUCGAGAAGCUGUACCAAAACGCAUACGCCAUGGUGGUGCGAAACGAAGGGACGCUCCUUUACCACGGACUGCGCGAAGCCGUGACAGAACACCUGAUCAACAAAGUACGUGCCCUAGUCUUGGCUAAAGUUGACGAGGACUUCCUGCAAACACUGAUUCGGGCUUGGAAGGACCACCAGACAAGCAUGGCAAUGAUUGGCGACAUCGUAACGUACUUGGACCUCAUUUACGUGCCUCAGAACAGCGUUGACAGCGUGCACAAAGUGGGCGUCUUGCUCUUUCGGGAUAAGGUGGCCUGCAACGCUGACGUACGGAACCACGUCCGCAGAAGCCUGCUCGGCUUGGUGAAGACAGAACGCGAAGGUAAGCCAGUCGACAGGCGUUCCAUGAAGGACGCGUGCGAAAUGCUCACAAGCUUGGAACUCGAUUCUACGCCCGUCUACAAGGAAGAUUUCGAGCAGCCCUUCCUGGAAGAGUCGGCGCAAUUCUACGCUUUACAGGGUGAUCAUUAUAUCGGAACGAUGGACACUUUCGAGUACAUCGCCAAAGUAGAGCAGCAUAUCAAGGAAGAGUCGGAGUGGGCGAGACAGUGCCUGUGCGAGUCAACCGUGGCUUCUGUCGUGCAGGUAGUGGAGAAAGAACUCAUUGGGAAGCAUAUGAAGGCCAUCCUGGAGAUGGAGGGCUCUGGCCUCGUGCACAUGCUCAAGCACCGGAUGACAGAGGAACUGGCGCGCACAUACCGGCUCCUCAAAUGCGUGCAGGGUGGCCUCAAGACAAUGCUUGAAUGCAUGAGCAAGUACCUGCGCGACGUAGGAAGAUCAAUCGUGAGAGAGAACGGGGACUCCGUGAACCUGGUACCGAAAGUUAUGGAGCUGAAAGAAAGCUUUGACCACUUUGUACAGCACUCGUUCGGAGACGAGCAGCUAGUCAAGCAGAUGAUCACCACCGACUUUGAGUAUAUACUUAGCCUGACCCGCAAGUCACCCGAGCUUCUGUCUGCGUUUGUAGACGGCGCGUUACGAAAAGGAAUUAAGGGCAUGACAAAGCCGGAGAUUAACCAGUUGCUGGACAAGGCUAUCGCGAUAUUUCGGUUCCUACAGGAGAAAGACCUUUUCGAACGCUACUACAAGCAGCAUCUGGCCAAGCGGCUGCUGCUCAACAAAUGCGUCUCAAUCGACGCAGAGAGAAGUAUGGUCGCUAAACUUGCAAACGAGUGUGGCUGCAUGUUCACCUCCAAGAUGGAAGCCAUGUUCAAGGACAUGAAUAUCUCCAACAACAUGAUGCUGGAUUUCAAGGCAGCAAUAUCGUCUUGCGGAAUGGACUUCGACGGAGUCGACCUGAACGUGCACGUGCUCACGACGGGCUUCUGGCCACUGCCUGUCGCCACGCAGCAAAGCAACAUUCCCCCCGGCCCGCGCAGCGCUUUCGAGACGUUCCGGCGGUUCUACCUGGCGAGGCAUGAAGGCCGACGUCUGACCCUCCAGCCACAGCUGGGCUGGGCAGACAUGAGCGCCGUGUUCUACGGGCCGUGCAACAACGAGCCGUGUUCGUCGCAAGCGUCAGACAAGCUCCAGCCGCGCACCUACACAAUCCAGGUGACGACGUACCAGAUGUGCGUGCUGAUGCUGUUCAACAGCCGCGACAAGAUAUCGUACGAGGACAUCGCCUCCGAGACGGACAUCCCCGAAACAAACCUGGUUCGCGCCCUUCAUUCACUGAGCGCGGCAGACGCCUCCAUGCCAUUGCUUACCAAGACGCCCAACACGAAAGAAGUUGAUAAGGACCACGUUUUCGCUGUCAAUGAAGCCUUCACGUCCGGUUUGCGAAAGGUCAAAAUUCAGCCGACGUCGGGUCAGAAAAAUUCCGCGCCAAAGAUCGAUAGUAACGCGGGCAACGUGGGUAACGUGCAGGAAGAGCGACGGUACGAACUGGAAGCGGCCAUCGUGAGGAUAAUGAAGGCGCGCAAGACAUUGUCACACGACGACCUUCUCGUCGAAGUGACGAACGUGCUUAAAGCCAGGUACACUCCCAGUCCCGCUGCGUUUAAGAAGAGAGUCGAUGCCCUUAUAGAAAGAGAGUAUCUUGAGAGGGCUACCGAGGACCCAGAGGUGUACAUCUAUAUGCCAUAA